AAUAAUUUUAAGACAAAGUGCUUACGAUAAUACAGUUUAAUAUUAAAAAAAAUGAAUACAUUUUAUGCUAAAAUAUAUUUAGCUAUAAGUAUUUGGUUUUUAUUUUUCGUAACCUUUGUGUAUUGCUUGGAAGCUCCGCAAAUAACUGUACCAGGGCAAGGGAUUAUUGUUGGCACUUACCUAAAAAUGUUUCGAGCACAAAAUAUUAAAGCAUAUUUGGGAAUCAGAUAUGCCUAUGCUUCCCGUUUUUCACCACCAGAGUUGGAUAUGUCUGAAUGGAAAGGAAUUCAAAAUGCGACAAAGUUUGCUCCACUUUGUUGGCAAAACCCUGCCGCUGCCAAAAAUACAAUCAUGCAUGAACUUCUCAGAAAUAAGGUCGUAGAGGAUUACGAUAGUACAUAUGAUGAAGAUUGUCUGUAUUUAAACAUUUAUGUUCCCGAUGGAUCUCCGGGUCUUAAGGGAUAUGCAGUUAUUGUUUGGAUCCAUGCUGGUGAUUUUUCGAAUGGAGCUCCAACGGAUAUUGAACCGUUCCAGGUUGUUUUUAAGCAAAAAAUCAUAGUAGUAACUUUUUCAUACCGUUUAAAUAUCUUUGGAUUUCUAUCAACUGCUGAUGGAGAAGCGCAAGGUAAUUACGGAUUGAUGGAUCAAUCAGCUGCCUUAUUUUGGAUUAAAAAGAAUAUAAACCACUUCGGCGGAGAUGAAAGCAAAAUAACAAUAAUGGGACAUUCCGCGGGAGCAAUUAGUGUGGGAUUGCAUUUAAUAUCUGAAGAAUGGUCAAAAGGUGGAUUUUCAGCAGCAAUUAUGAUGUCUGGAAAUCCUACAAGUGAAAAUGCCGUCCGCCAUCCAAAGGUCUAUAGCGAUUCAUUGGACUCAAUAUCAAAUUUAUUUGGUUGCAAUAGGAAACCGACAUCAUUGUUAUUAGCGUGUUUACGAAAAGUUGAUGCAAAAACGCUUGCAAAAAAUAUUCCAGAAGUGGAGUGGGGGCCAGUAAUUGAUUAUGGUUUAAGCAAUACGUCUUCGCACUUUAUUAGAGACUAUCCUAGGAAAAUAUUCAAAGAAGGAGACUUCCAAAAUGUUCCGACUUUAAUCGGCGUAACAGACAUGGAGGAUAUACUUAGCGUAGUUGAUGACAUAACAAAUACUAAGUUAACUGGUAAUGAUUUUUUUCAUGUUAUAGAUGAAGUAUCUAAACAUGACCUUAAAAUGAGCACCGUAAAUGACGAAAAUUGUACAAAUUCGCGAAUAAUAACCGAUGCCAUUACAUAUGUAUAUCCAUCUCAGAGCGAGAGUAUAGAUGUCCUCAGAACAUUUGUAAGUUUUCAUACAGAUCGUAUGUACAUCGCACCGUUGUUUUUUAUGGCAAACGUAUUAAGCAAAGACAACACGGUUUUUGCUUAUUUGUUUAGAACUCGUCCUCAAACUAAUUUGUUUGACCUGCCAGAAUGGGUGGGCGUACCAAAAUUUUUCGAUCAAAUAUUUGUCUGGGGUGUUCCGUAUAUGAAUAAUAACCUUCUAAAGGAAUGGAGUUCCAGUGAUAAAAAAAUUUCAGAUGUUGUCAUGACAAUGUGGGCAAAUUUCGCGAAGUCAGCAAAUCCUAUUAUUUCUAAUGUAUAUGUCAAAUGGAACUCCUUUACAUCUGAGAAUAGUUCGAUUCUAAUAAUAAACCAAAACUUUAAUUCAGAAAUGGUUAAUAAUAUGCCCACCAUAAGAUUUUGGAAUAGUUAUUAUCCAAACUUAGUAAAGUUUGCCGCAAACUGCUGUGACGUUGCAAAUUUAGCGUCUCCAAAUAUUAUCGAUAAUAAAUUUUCAUUACAUUCAUUCCACAAUCUUGGUAUAACUUUCAGAAUUUUAGCUUUUUUUUCCGAAAAUGAUGGCUUAUGA